AACCGGGCGGAACAAAUUCCGCCAUAAUACACUGGAAGAAGAAGAAAGUUGCGCCUGCGCGGUUUACCGUAUCACUUGUGGUUUUGUUUACAUCUGCCAAAAAAUAUAUUUCAUAUAUUCGUUUUGGCUCGCUAUUAGAGGCCUGUAUGAGUUGUCAGCUAAUUGCUGCACAUGAUGGCCACAGAGCCUGCAAGCUUGGAGAGCCUGUGUGUGCUGUACCAGAGUGAGGACUACAUUGUGGUGGACAAACAUUGGGACAUCCGCAUUGACAGCAAGAUGUGGUACGAGAAACAGACUGUGCAGGCACAGCUUCGGCACCACUUCCCCCAGCUGGCAGACCCUAGCACCUACUAUGGAUUUAGGUUCUGUCAUCAGCUGGAUUUCUCCACCAGCGGGGCUCUUUGUGUUGCCCUCAAUAAGGCUGCUGCCGGCCGGGCUUAUUGCUGCUUCAAGGAUCGCACCGUCACCAAAGUUUACCUUGCUCUGCUACGUGGGUGGGUUGAAGAAGAGACACAAACUCUGGACUUCUCCAUUGGCAAGAACUCCACAGAGGGAAAAACACACAUGAUGUGUAUUGAGGGAACAGAAGGUUGUGUGAACCCUAAGCCUUGCCAAACUGAACUGAUAGUGCUGGAAUAUGGGAUGUAUGAUGGAGAUCCUGUCACUAAGGUGCUUCUGCAGCCACUUACUGGCCGAACCCACCAGUUAAGGGUCCACUGCAGCGCUAUAAGUCACCCCAUCGUUGGUGACUUUACCUACAGCUCGGGAACAGACGAUGCUCCGUACCGCAUGAUGCUGCACGCUCACCUCCUCCACAUUCCCCUGGAACUCCAGCCCCUGCACGUCACUGCAGGAGACCCCUUUGUCCCCUCAACAGAUCCCAAGUGGGUCCCAGAGCGCUCAUUACGAACACUGACGGCUACUGUGGAGAGUCUGCUGGAGCGCAGGGUGGAGCAGGACAGGAAGAGUAAAGAGGAGGAGAGAAAGAGAGAGGUGGAGAGGAGGAAACAAAGCAAAAAGCAGAGGACUGAGGAGGAGAGUGAUGAGCAAAGGAGGCAGUGCCAGGAGUGGCUGACCGAAUGGGCUGGAGACUGAUGGCUUUUUUAUUUUUUGUGUUAUUUACUUAUUUAUUUUAGCUGUCUAUUCAUUCAAGCCCUGUUCAGCAUGCACACUCUCUGUUACCACGUUUGGUACAUUUAAGUGUAAGGAAAUGGGUUCGCACCUUAAUUCCUUCACAAUUCCUCUCAAAGUCAUAUGUGAGGAUAUUACUUGUGACUCUACAAACACUUAUUUAUACUUUGCCACUGAGCAACUCCCUUGCAACAGCUAAGGAAUAAGUGCCUUGCUUCAAGUCAUGUUAACAAGUCAGAUGUUCAGUUUAUGUCAUUUCUCUAAUUCUCCCGAGAGCUUUUAAUUAGCAACUUAACAAAACGUGUCUGCAAAUAAUUUUAGGUUAAUGUGCCAAAUUUGUGACAUAUUUGCCUCUGAUGUGAACAGCAGCAGUUGUUGUGCUCUGUGUCGCUAAGUCCAUGUGUGCUGCAUGGCACUGAUGUACAUGAAACCCCAUAUAGAAGCAUAUUUUUCCUUCCUAACUUACUGUGUCUAUUAAAAUGUUAAUUCCC